AUGGUGUCAGAAGGUGUUAGUCCGAAUUGCUUCACAUUUACUAGUGUUAUAGCUGCAUGUGCAAACUUAGCAAUUCUGUAUUGCGGGCAACAGCUUCACGGUGGAAUCAUUCAUAGAGGCCUUGAUAACAAUUUGGAAUUAUCCAAUGCCCUUAUAGAUAUGUAUGCUAAGUGUGGAAAUGUAGAUAAUUCACAUAAAAUAUUUAGAGGAAUGCCCCAUACAAAUUUGGUCUCAUGGACUUCCAUGAUGGUUGGAUAUGGUGCUCAUGGACAUGGAAAAGAGGCUGUUGAGUUAUUCAAUGCAAUGGUUAGAUCGGGUAUUAAACCUGAUAAGAUAGUGUUUAUGGCAGUUCUGAGUGCUUGUAGCCACGCUGGAUUAGUGGAUGAAGGCCUUAGAUAUUUUAAAUUAAUGACCAGCUAUUAUAAUGUUGCCCCUGAUCAAGAGAUAUAUGCGUGUGUGGUGGAUUUGCUUGGUCGUGCAGGAAGGGUAAAAGAAGCGUAUGAACUAAUAGAGAAUAUGCCAUUUACGCCAGAUGAGUCUAUAUGGGUAGCCCUUCUUGGAGCUUGUAAAAAACAUAAACAACCGAGUAUGGGAAAAUUAGCAGCUUUGAAGGUUUUGGAUAUGAAACCAAAUAAGGCGGGAACUUACGUGUUGUUAUCAAAUAUUUAUGCUGCUGAAGGUAACUGGGCUGAUUUUGCCAGUUUGAGGAAGCUUAUGAGAAGUACUAUAACUAAGAAAGAGGUGGGGAGGAGCUGGGUUGAAUUGAAAAAUCAGGUUUACAGUUUUUCUGUUGGAGAUAGAUUGGUUUCUUCGCAUGAGGAGGUGUGUGAAGUUCUGGAAUUGUUGGUUAAACAUAUGAAACAAGUAGGAUAUGUACUUGAUUUAGAUUGCUUUGUACAUGACUUAGAAGGUGAGACUUGA